UGUCCAUCUCUUGAUGUUCACCUACAGCUGCGACGUCGUAAUGCACGAGAGUCUGAAAGUUGCUGCAGGAAUUUACGAUUCCCCGUGGUGUUACUUGACGUUCAAUGAUCACGGAAGAAUGCUACGGAAAGACGUCGUACUCAUCAUCAUGAGGUGCAAAUUUCCUUGCUGCAUAACAGCCCGAAGGUUCUUCCCUGUAACCUUAGAAACAUACACAAAGGUAUGGAGUACAGCAGCUUCCUACUUCACGCUGUUGAGACAAACGUUGGACGACAUGGCACAUGUUUAAUUCCACAUUGUCGAUAACAACAAAUAUAUAUAUACAUAUAUAACACUA